AUGGCCGAUAAUGUUCGAUCCAUUCCAUCAGUUCUCGAUGGGUUAAAACCUGGACAACGAAAGGUUUUAUUCUGUUGUUUUAAGAGAAAUCUCACAAAAGAGAUUAAAGUUAUUCAGCUUGCAGGUUAUGUCUCUGAGCAUUCGGCAUAUCAUCAUGGAGAGGCUAGUCUCCAUUCAACCAUUGUAACAAUGGCCAACAAUUUUGUUGGUUCUAAUAACAUAAACCUUUUGGAGCCAAGCGGCCAGUUCGGUUCGCGCAUACAGGGCGGAAAAGAUUCCGCAAGUCCUCGUUAUAUCAACACCAGGCUUAAUCCACUGACGCGUUUGAUAUUUAGCCCUCAUGAUGAUGAUUUGCUGAAAUACCUGAAUGAUGACGGCAGUGAUAUUGAACCGGAAUGGUAUUUACCGAUUAUCCCCAUGGUUCUUGUCAACGGUUCAGAAGGCAUUGGAACAGGAUGGAGUACCUCAAUUCCUAAUUUUAACCCCCGCGAGAUUGUUGCCAAUUUAAGAAGAUUAAUGGAUGGGAAAGAAUUAGAACCCAUGCAUCCUUGGUAUCGUGGUUUCAGGGGAAAAAUCGAAAAAGUUUCCAGUGAUAGGUAUAAGACUUGCGGUAUACUCGAGAGGGAUACUGGGAUUGAAAAUAUUGUGCACGUCACCGAAUUGCCGAUUAAAAUCUGGACUCAAAACUACGAGAAUGAUCUUAAAAAAUUGAUGCCUGAAGAUAACAAAACCAUAGGAAUUAUCAAAGGUUAUCAUGAUGUGAGCACUCUUUGGAGGCCGAAUUUUGAAGUCAUACUUGAAGAUCAUAUUGUUGAGGAGAGUGAUGAAGAUCUGGAGAAAAGACUAAAAAUGAGCUCCACCCUCACAACCUCGAAUAUGGUUUGUUUCGAUCGAGAGGGUCGACUGAAGAAAUAUAGUUCGCCCGGAGAAAUACUUGAGGAGUUCUAUCAUCUCAGAUUGGAGUAUUAUUAUAAGCGGAAGGACUAUUUGUUAAAGAGGUUAGAGCUCGAUUGUAAAAAGCUGCAAAACAAGAACCGAUUCAUCAAAAUGAAGAUCAGUCGCGAUCUGGAGUUCGAAGGAUUAAAGAAAGCUGCCAUCGUAGCCUUACUGGAAUCUAAAGGCUUUGACAGAAUACCUAAUAAGGAAGAUGAGGCCGAGGAUGAAGAUGGACAUGCUGGUGACUACGACUAUCUUAUGAGGACGCCUGCAUGGAGUUUUAGUGAGGAGGAGGCAUUUGCGAACAAAUGCGAACGAUUGUACAAUGAAAAGAGUUUAGAGCUUUAUAAUCUUCGCAAGACUCAUCCCAAGCUACUUUGGAAUGCGGAUCUUGAUGCAUUUUUAAAGGAGUGGGAACUGGUCGAAAGUGAAUUUAACAAAAUGGUGGAUGAAGCCCCGAAGAAAGGCGAAAACAAGAAUGGUCAUAGACAAGCAAGAGUUACUAACAGAGGUAAAUCGAAAGCGAACAAUCAAAUAGCGGUAGAAGAAAAGCCCAAACAGAAAGCGGCCGAAGUUAGUAAAGCAAAAUCGUCGAGAUCUGCUCGAGGCAGUAAAAAAGUUUCCCAAGGUAAAAAACAGAUAGAUGAUUACUUUUCAUUAAAAGAAACUAAUGUUGUUGAGGGGCCGAGUAUGGAGUCAACUGAUCCGAGUGAUGUCGAGGUGAUUGACCUUUCAUCUAAGAGAUCUGCUGAUGACGACCCAGAUGAGAAGCCUGUUAUUAAACGUGUUCGAGGGAAACCGUUGAAGGUUCUAAAUAUUUUUGAUAUCGAAUCUUUUGAUUCAGAAAAUGACUACGAAGACGAACCUGAACCUAACGUAGAAGAAAUAGAAGAACCCGAAGAUGAUGACUCUGAAUUUGAACCGAAGAAACGAAAUCCUCGCCAGAAGGUCGCUUCAAAGAAGCCUACUACCAAACCCAAAGAAGUAAUCGAUCUCGAAGACAAAAUCGAGAGGAAUUCAACUGACGCCGAGCCCAUGGAAAUUGAAUAUCCUUCAUCAACGACGCCUGCGAAGCAAAAUGUCGCAAAGAAUCCCAUUUCGAGCCGACAAUUUGAAGAAACUCGUUCCCCGAAGAGGGAAACACUGUCUUCCGACGAAGAGUCUGAAGAGGACAAGGCCCACGCGGUAUUUACAAAUACCCAAAAUACUAAGCAUGCUCAAGUAACUGCUUCCACUUCUCGCAAAAUAUUCAUGCCCAAGUCCAUUGACGUGUAA